AGCAAUUCUUUACACGGUCUCUGUGCUCUUGUAGAGGAUGCUGUUAUUUCUUUAUAUAGAUAUAUAUUUAUUUUAUUAUACCUGUGCGGCUGUGCAUGCGGGAGCGCUGCGGGAGAGCACUGCACCAUCCGCGCCCUGAGAGCGAGCGAGAGAGGACACACACAUCCACACACACAUCCACACACACACACAUGCUUCAUCUGCUGCUUGCUUGACUACUGUUUUCACGCACAGCUUUGAAGUAUUGAUGAUUUGAAUGUGAAAUCAUCACCACCACCACCAUCAUCAUCAUCAUCAUCAUCAUCAUCACCACCACCAUCAUCAUCAUCAUCAUCAUCGUUAUUACGCGUUCACGGAAAACGCGCGUUCCUCGAGUGUAACUUCGGUAAUGCGGUGAUGCGCGUGAUGGCAGGAUUUCUCUGCUGUGGAAGCCUCGGCGUUGCGGAGUUGAAUCGGAGAAGAUGGUCCUCACCUUUUAGCACCGAUGCGGCAUUUUAAAGAGGCAUGACACUCUUCAUCCUCACGGCGCAGCGUGAACGCUCUCAGCCGUACGCGUUCUUCUCCUGGAGCGGUGCAGAAGUUCGUCUGUGAUAGGCAAAUCGGCUAUUCUGACUGCACCAUGUUCUCCAGAUUGAUGAUAUCACCAGCAUAUGAUAUACAUGAGGAGUGCAAUAUUGCAUAUUAAGUGUCAGAUGCAAAAAAAAAAAAAAAAAGAAAAAAAAAGACUUAUUGUGACCACGAGAUAAUUCACCCUGAUUCAUUAAGUCCAAGCUGAGCAGGUAGAAUAUACAAGACAUCCUAUAUGAGGCAGGAAAUGAGCACGUCAUGGCAUGUAUGAAGUUAGGGGUUAAAACUGCUUUGAUGGAUUUAUGUCUGGAUUUAUGUAUUUAUUUAUUCCAUGCGCUCUUGGAUAGACGCGCUUUGGCGCAGGCGGGGAAACGCGACUUUCCGCGCACAGCAUGGAGCGCAAUGUGGUGUAGCUACCACAGCAAAGAAAAAAAUAAAUUAAUCAGGAAAAAUAAUAAAAACAGCCCAGCGCGGAUUAAACACCUGCAGUGUUGAAGUAAUUCCUACAGUGUUUAUUUAAUCACACACUCUGUGUGUGAAAUCCACACUGGGGAUUUUUAGUGCGCAGCUUCAAAUCGGCACUUUGCGCGCGAGGAGGGAGUGAACCUUUCUAGCGCUCACAGCAAGCGCACUCCGGCUUUUCUUUUCAUUUCCUCAUACGGGUUCGAGUCGGCAAUCCUGCAGUCGUUCACAAAGUUACAAAGUCAUGCACUCUCUGGUCUGGGUGCUGACUUUACAGCAGCAAACCACCUGAGGUCCAUAAUGUCCUCAAACUCAAGACAAGCCUGAACAUCUGCUGCGAAUACUUGACUUGAAACCUAUUUCUGCACCAUACUGUCAGGACAAUGGCUUCCCACCAUAGAAAAUUGAACUGUUUAUUAGUUUCUUGCUGCUUCUUUGUUUUUUUGCUUCCCCUCUCCACCUCAAGGCCUCAGCAGCCUUCCAUUGCAUCCAAAGUGGAUGAGCACUACAGAACUUUCCAUGCUGAGAACCCAGAAUGGACCUUUAACCACUUGGCAGUGGACUACAGAAAUGGGAAUGUGUACCUUGGUGUGGUGAACCGUAUUUAUAAGCUCUCACAAGAGCUAGAUGUGCUGGUGUCGCACCAAACUGGCCCAGAGGAGGACAACCGCAACUGCUACCCACCGCGAAUUGUGCAGCCCUGCAGCGAGCCACUGACGCUCACCAACAAUGUCAACAAAAUGCUAUUAAUUGACUACAGAGCAAACCGGCUGCUAGCCUGCGGGAGCCUCUACCAGGGUAUCUGCAAGCUGCUUCGUCUGGACGACCUCUUCAAGCUUGGAGAGCCCUUUCACAAGAAAGAGCAUUACCUCUCAGGUGUCAAUGAGAGUGACUCUGUUUUUGGCGUCAUCGUGUCUUAUGGUGACUCCUCACCUGACAAGCUGUUUGUGGCCACAGCAGUGGACGGGAGGCCUGAGUACUUCCCGACCAUCUCGAGUCGCAAACUGGCUCGCAAUUCAGAGGAGGAUGGCAUGUUCGCCUACGUCUUCCAUGAUGAGUUUGUGGCCUCCAUGAUCAAGAUCCCAUCAGACACCUUUACCGUGGUGCCUGAUUUUGACAUAUAUUACGUGUAUGGCUUUGCCAGUGGCAACUUCGUCUACUUCCUAACACUGCAGCCGGAGAUGGGCGGUGGUCCAGCUGCGGGUUCAUCCUCGGCCAACCGGGAACAGGUGUUCACUUCCAAACUGGUGCGACUCUGCAAGGAUGACACGGCAUUCAACUCAUAUGUAGAGGUUCCCCUGGGUUGUGUUAAGGGUGGUGUGGAAUAUCGCCUUCUCCAGGCUGCCUACUUGUCUAAGGCAGGUACCAUCCUGGCUCGCUCACUGGGUGUGGGACCGGACGAUGACAUCCUUUACGCUGUGUUCUCCAAAGGCCAGAAGAGGCGGCCAAAGGAAACGUCUCAAGAGUCUGCCUUGUGCGUGUUUGCCCUGAAGGAGAUCAAUGAGAGAAUUAAAGAUAGGCUGCAGUCCUGUUACAAAGGAGAGGGCACACUGGAUCUGGCCUGGCUCAAAGUGAAGGAUAUUCCCUGUAGCAGUGCGCUCCUGACCAUUGAUGACAAUUUCUGCGGAUUGGAUAUGAACGCACCGCUCGGGGUGUCCGAGAUGGUCCGUGGGAUUCCGCUGUUCUCCGAGUCCAAUGACAAAAUGACCUCGGUGAUUGCCUACGUCUACAAGAACCACUCUCUGGCCUACGUAGGCACCAAGAGCGGCCGGCUGAAAAAGAUCCGGGUGGACGGACCAUCCCACGGCGCUUUUCAGUACGAAACGGUGCAGGUGGUGGAAAACGGGCCGAUCCUGCGCGACAUGGCCUUUUCGGCUGAUCAGCACUUCCUGUACGUGAUGUCAGAGACCCAGCUCACUCGUGUUCCAGUAGAGGCUUGUGAGCAGUAUUCAUCCUGCAAUGAGUGUCUGGGCUCCGGGGAUCCUCACUGCGGCUGGUGUGUGCUGCACAGCAUGUGCACCAGAAAGGAGAAGUGUGAGAGGUCAUCUGAGCCGCGCCGCUUCACCUCGGACAUCAAGCAGUGCGUCAGGCUGAGCGUCCACCCCAGCAACAUCUCAGUGUCCCAGUACAGUGUCACGCUUGUCCUGGAAGCCCACAAUGUUCCUGAGCUCUCCGCUGGCGUGAACUGCACCUUUGAAGACCUGGCUGAGAUGGAUGGACUUGUGGAAGGCAAUCGUAUCACUUGCAGCUCUCCCGCUGAGAAAGAGGUCCCACGCAUCAUUGUAGACCAAGGUGACCAUCAGAUUGUGCAACUCUACCUCAAGUCUAAAGAAACAGGACUAGCUUUUGCCAACACAAGCUUCGUCUUCUACAAUUGCAGUGUCCAUAAAUCGUGUCUUUCUUGUGUUGGAAGCCCAUACCAGUGUCACUGGUGCAAGUACCGUCACAUCUGCACCCAUGACCCACGCAGCUGCUCUUUCCAAGAGGGACGGGUCAAGCAGCCUGAGGAAUGUCCCCAACUGCUUCCUGCUGAUCGGAUCCUGGUGCCAGUGAACGUGGUGAAACCCAUCACCCUGCGUGCCAAGAACUUGCCCCAGCCGCAAUCGGGCCAGCGUGGCUACGAGUGUGUGCUCACCAUCCAGGGGGUGGAGCAAAGAGUCCCCGCCCUCCGCUUCAACAGCUCCAGCGUGCAGUGCCAGAACACCUCAUACUCGUAUGAGGGGAUGGAGAUGAGUAGCCUCGCUGUGGAGCUGACGGUCAUCUGGAAUGGAGAUUUUAGCAUCGAUAACCCGGCCCAAAACAAAGUACACCUGUAUAAAUGCGACGCGAGGCGUGAGAGCUGUGGUCUGUGCCUGAAGGCUGAUCCGCUGUUUGGCUGUGUGUGGUGUAAAGGGGAGAAGCGCUGCACUCUCAAACAGCACUGCCCUCAUCCACAGAGCAUGUGGCUCGAACACAACGGCAUCAACAGCAAGUGCACACACCCAAAGAUCACCAAGAUUACCCCACUGCGAGGGCCUCGGGAAGGGGGUACACUGGUGACAAUUCGCGGAGAGAACCUCGGCCUGGACUUCCACGAGAUCCAGGGUAAUGUUAAGGUGGCCGAGGUGGAGUGCACACCCGUACCGGAGGGAUACAUCCCUGCUGAGCAGAUCGUGUGCGAGAUGGGAAAAGCCGAGUCAAGUCAGUUUGCCGGAAACGUCCAAGUCUGCGUAGGGGAGUGUCAGCCCGAGUUCAUGGCCAAGUCCUCCAAGUACUACUACUUUGUGGUCCCCAGACUGCACUCUCUGAAGCCCAGCCGCGGUCCCGUAUCCGGAGGCACCAUCGUCAACAUCACAGGAAGCAACCUGGACUCCGGAAGCAACGUGUCCAUCAUGUUCAAGGACCAGAAGUGCACUUACCACAGACGAGGGGGUCAGUGGAUCACGUGUCGCUCUCACGCAUCAACUCAAGGCAACGGGGAAGUAACCGUAUCUGUGUAUGUAGACAAAGCCCACAUCCACAAGGACCUCCAGUUUGAGUAUGUAGAAGAUCCGACUGUCACCAAGCUGGAACCAGAAUGGAGUAUUUUCAGUGGAAACACACCAGUGACAGUGACCGGAACCAACCUGGACAUCAUCCAGAACCCACAAAUCAGAGCCAAGUACAACAACCAGGAGACGACCAACUUUUGCCAGGUGCUCAGUUCCACCACGAUGCUGUGCCAAGCCCCAGCGCUGCCCGGUGGCCUGAGCAGGCAGAAAGAGGUGGUAGAGAAACCUGACGAGUUUGGCUUCGUCCUCGACAAUGUGCAAGCUGUGCUGGCUCUCAAGAACAUCAAUUUCCUGUAUUACCCCAACCCCGUGUUCGAGCCUCUCAGUGCAUCUGGAGUGCAGGAGCUUAAGCCUGGAUCUCCCAUUAUUCUGAAGGGCAGGAACUUCCUCCCCCUUACCCCCGGUGGCAACGGCAAACUGAACUACACUGUUCUGAUCGGAGAAAAGCCCUGUGCCUUAACCGUAUCUGACACCCAGCUGCUGUGCGAAUCACCCAAUCUAACAGGACGCCACAAAGUUCUGGCGCGUGUGGGUGGCAUCGAGUUUUCCCCUGGUGUGGUCCACAUCACUUCGGACAGCCCCCUCAGCAGCACUGCCAUCAUCAGCAUUGCUGGAGCCGGAUGCCUCCUCAUCCUCUUCAUCAUCAUCGUACUCAUCGCCUACAAGCGCAAGUCCCGCGAAAGCGACCUGACCCUGAAACGCCUGCAGAUGCAGAUGGACAAUCUCGAAUCCAGAGUGGCGCUGGAGUGUAAAGAAGCAUUUGCAGAGCUGCAGACGGAUAUUAAUGAGUUGACCAGUGACCUGGAUGGAGCAGGGAUCCCGUUUCUGGACUACAGAACCUACACCAUGCGUGUUCUCUUCCCUGGCAUCGAGGAACAUCCUGUUCUUAAAGACCUGGAGGUGCCCGGCUACAGGCAGGAGCAGGUGGAAAAGGGUCUGAAGCUUUUCGGUCAGCUGAUCAACAACAAGGUGUUCCUGCUGACCUUCAUCCGCACGCUGGAGUCUCAGCGAGGCUUCUCCAUGAGAGACCGCGGCAACGUGGCCUCACUCAUCAUGACCGUGCUGCAGAGCAAGCUGGAGUACGCUACUGACGUCCUGAAACACCUGCUGUCCGACCUCAUCGACAAGAACCUGGAGAGCAAGAACCACCCCAAACUGCUGCUGCGCAGGACGGAGUCUGUUGCAGAGAAAAUGCUGACGAACUGGUUCACAUUUCUUCUCUACAAAUUCCUAAAGGAGUGUGCCGGCGAGCCCCUGUUUUCCCUCUUCUGCGCCAUCAAGCAGCAGAUGGAGAAAGGCCCUAUCGACUCCAUCACAGGAGAGGCACGCUACUCUCUCAGCGAGGACAAGCUCAUCAGGCAGCAGAUCGACUACAAGACACUGGUGGUGAACUGCAUUCACCCGGACAACGAGAAGAGCCCAGAGAUUCAGGUGAAAGUACUGAACUGUGACACAAUCAGCCAAGUGAAGGAGAAGAUCCUGGAUGCCAUCUACAAGAACGUUCCUUAUUCUCACCGCCAGAAAGCCUCAGACAUGGAUCUAGAGUGGCGUCAGGGCAGAGGGGUUCGGAUCAUCCUGCAGGACGAGGACAUGACCACGAAGAUCGAGAGUGACUGGAAGAGGCUCAACAUGCUGUCUCAUUACCAGGUGUCUGAUAACGCACUGGUGGCCCUCGUACCAAAGCAGGUCACCGCCUACAACUCUGUUAACAACUCCACCGUCUCCAGGACGUCUGCUAGCAAAUACGAAAACAUGAUCAAAUACACAGGCAGCCCAGACAGCCUGCGCUCUCGUACACCCAUGAUCACACCUGACCUGGAAAGUGGAGUCAAAGUUUGGCACCUGGUGAAGAACCACGAGCACGGAGACCAGAAGGAAGGCGACCGUGGCAGCAAGAUGGUCUCCGAGAUUUACCUGACCAGACUGCUGGCUACCAAGGGCACGCUGCAGAAGUUUGUAGACGACCUGUUUGAGACCAUCUUUAGCACGGCGCACCGAGGAAGCGCCCUCCCCCUCGCCAUAAAGUACAUGUUCGACUUCCUGGACGAGCAAGCCGACAAGCACGGCAUCCACGACCCUCAUGUCCGGCACACAUGGAAGAGCAACUGCCUACCUCUGAGGUUUUGGGUGAACGUGAUUAAAAAUCCCCAGUUUGUGUUCGACAUCCAUAAGAGCAGCAUCACGGACGCCUGCCUUUCUGUCGUGGCGCAGACCUUCAUGGACUCCUGCUCCACAUCUGAGCACCGCCUGGGUAAAGACUCGCCCUCCAACAAGCUGCUGUACGCCAAGGACAUCCCCAGCUACAAGAGCUGGGUGGAGAGAUACUACUCGGACAUCAGUAAGAUGCCUGCCAUCAGCGACCAGGAUAUGAACGCUUACCUGGCUGAGCAAUCCCGUAUGCACAUGAACGAGUUCAACACCAUGAGCUCCCUCAGUGAGAUCUACUCAUACGUGGGAAAAUAUGCAGAGGAGAUUGUGUGCGCGCUGGAGGAGGACGAUGGUGCCAGGAAACAGAGACUGGCCUUCAAGCUGGAACAGGUGGUCGCCUUCAUGAGCCUGGAGAGCUGAGGACCACGUUUCCCAGAGCGCACUGGGACCGCCGUCAGAAAACUAGGGAAAAAAAAAAAACCGAGCCGUGCCUGAGCACCUGUACAUCUUCUGUUUUCUCGCAAACUUCCUAUCAACCAAGCAACCAAGAUUCCGUAUCACAUUAAAGCUCUGCUUCCUAGAUGACUAGAAACGGGCCAAGGAGCUGGAGACUGCUACGUUACCCAUGAUGCAACAGGGAGGGAGGGAGGGUUGGGUCUCUGAAUGUGCUGCCUGUGAAAUCCUCUCUCCUUCCCCUGGGAAAAUGUUAAAAAAAAAAAAAUAAUGUUACGUUUAUGUUGCCUUUAAAAAUAUAGCUGUUAAGCAAAGUGUUUCACAUCCACAACGUUGGUGUUCUCAUCUUCUCGACUAGGGUUGUGUGUGACACUACGAUAGAGUCUAAAUGUAGUACCAAAACACAGAAAGAACACACUUUUGGUACAUUAUCUGACCAGAAAAACUUGAAGUUCAUUGAGUUUACAAGACAGAAAAAGAAAAAAAGACACACUGGGAACAUUCAAAAUGGAGUUCUUGGCACGUCUGGGACGCUGACUGUCUGUGGCACAUUACCAAACUGGACCUUAAGUUACGGAAACGAGCGCAAGAAAAAAAUAUUACAGGUUUGAUCACCUCUGAUGAAAGCACACACACACUCACACACACACACACACACCUUAGUCCAGCUGUGAGGGCUUCCUCUGGGCUUUUUUUUGGGUGAGGUUUAAGGAUCACCAUCCUCUAAAACAAGCACAUAUUCUGUAGCUGCCUCAGAUUCAUAACCUCUACUAGAAUUAGUCGCUGAUACGGGGAUUGUUGUGUUGUGUGUAAGAAAUGAGUCGUUCACUGCCACAGAGUUUGCAGUUACACAAAUUACAUGAGGAAUGAAAAAAACCAAAGGAGAUGAUGUGAUGAAGUGAUGAAGGUGCCCAUUUUUUUAAGUGGCAGAAACCCAGACACGCAACCAAAGGUCUAUCUGCUAUCUGAUCCUCGGACAAAAAAAACGUCCUCGUUGGUAAGACUUUGUUUGUACACGUGAGGAAGCCUGUGUAACGUGGACACUUCUUUGGCAGCAUCCUCAGCUGGGGAAAUCUUUAAAAAAAAACAAAAAGAAGUCCCCGAACAGCAACCUGUGACAGAGACUCUGAAACGAUGGACAAAAAAAAGUGAUACAGACACCUCUGAAGCACCGUUCUGUCCUUCAGCCUCUGACCUUUGACCUUUCUUUUGCCUUGACAGAGUGCUCCAUGUGGUGAUUUGAGACCAAUGUGUGGAGAUCCACCUUUGGGUACUUUAUCGGCUUUUUUUAAGCGCAUGUACUUCAAUUUAAACUUGAUUAAAAAUGAAAAAAAAAAAACAACGGAACCUUAGAGAAAAAUAAGCCUUGCUAAAAUGAUGAUGUGGAUGUGUUCUUUUCUUUCUUUUGCUUGGAAGAACAAGACAGGGAGAUGAAAAAAAAAAAAAAAUUAAAAAGCGACCAUCUAAAGCCACAACUUCUGUUAAGGUGGAACCUUUAUCCGACUCAGCCGGUCAUCCUCAUGUUUUCGUGAAAGUGUUAAAUAAACAGUUAUAAUACUGCUAAUAAGAUCAUACCGUAAUCGAGUAUAGUAUAUUAUACCCUUUGCAUGUUGACCUAUUUGGAUGUUAUGAAAUGAAACUGCCUUGCAAUCGAAGCUAUUUAUCUGAUACUACUAGGAAUUUCUGACUUUUAAGAAGAAUCGUUUUGUUUAGAUGAUCAACAGUUAGACGUCACGUCAGCAAUCAUCUGUCAUGAAGAAACGUCACAGUCCCUCAGGUAGAUUAUUUAGCCGUUAGCCGUUAUCGUCCAUGUUCACGUUGAACAGCUGCACAAUACACAUUACUAUUACUGCUGCACCAUGAAAAACAUGCAAAUGCACCUUUCGAUUUUUUUAUACGCCAUCCUACGUCGAUUUCCUGACCAGGACUGUUUACUGACAUUUUUUAUCUUAUUUUUUUAAGUAGCUAUUUUUAUUUUUGUGGUGCUUCACUCUUAGAAAAAAAAAAAAAGAUUUGGAUGGUUGUUAUGUAGUUCACAGUUCGAUUCAGAAAGCUUAUUGUCAUUGUGUUACACACAGUGAAAUUAGUUAGUUACAAAAAUACUUCAAAACAAAAAGGACAAUAAUUACACAAUAAAUGUCGUUACAAGAGAACAAGAGUACAAAAACAACACAAGUGCAAAGUACAAGACAUAUAUAAGGCAACUGUUGUACUUGUGAUAAGGGUUCUUAAAAAGGUUCUCGUUUGGAACCCUUGCUGAUUGUGAAUAACUCUGUUGUCGGGUUCUACGCAGAACCUUUCAUACAACCGAAGAAUCCUUAAAGCAUAUAAUCCUACAAGAAGCAGCCAUUUUGUAAUAAACAAAUAAACUUACAUUUUAUUGGUCACAGUGUAGCUUCAACAGCUGAAACAAGUUAAACGUUUCAGAGCAAUGAGUGACGUCAAGCACUUUUUUUUUUUUUUAACCUCCUGACCAAUCAGGUCGCAAGAGAAAAACAAACAUAAAGGACAAAGUGCUGGGGAAAAAAUGACUGCUGUUAGAGAGCGAAUAUGAGGAGAUUUGCAGACGAUAUAUUGAAUUGAAAAUAUUUCAUCGCCAGUUUUCCAAUUAAAAAUAAAAACCUGUGCAGGUUUAGGACGUAAGUCACACAAGCAGCUCAAACUCUGAAUCUCCAGCGAAGAAAAACAACCUCCUCAUCACCAGAGUUACACCAAACUUCAUUUCAGCUCCAUUACUGACACUAAUAAAUCGAAUCUAGACAGAAAGCUAGGAUAGUCACGUAGCUGAUGCCAGCUAGGGCUGGGAAGAGCGUUGCUAUGGUUACAAUUUUCAUAUCAGCCAAAGAAAACAGUGUGAAAACAGCUUAAAGGAACCUUAGGCCUAAAAAUGUAACCUUUAAUUUCAAAAAAUAUCAUGAAUAUAGUCUAAUUUAUCUAAUAUUUUUCAUUAUAGGAUUAUUAUAAAAUAAAUAUGAUUAUUAAACCUAGGACAGUGUUACUUAUUUCAAGCUUGUAAUAUCUCAUUUUUAUUGCAGAUACUUGUGCUACUUUCUAGAAAUAAGACACUGUCUGACAAUAAAACAAGUUUGAAAUAUAGUGAAAAUGUCUGAAAAAUAAGGUUUAAUAAUUGUAUAUUUGGUUUAUGGUUUAUUUUAAUCACAUAAUGAGAUAUUUUUUGAUAAAUUUGACCAUACUCAAGAUGUUUUUUUAUGUGGUAAGAUUUACCCUUUGGCGUGCUAAACCUUUUUUUUUUCUAAGAGUGUACUGGUUACAAUAAAGCACCAGCUGAAUGUAAAUAAUUUAGGUCCUGAAUGACUUUGCGUAGAAAUGUAGUGAGUUUUCGUUUGGUUCGUAAUUCUGUUUCGUUCUUGAUUUCAUGCCUGUGACUGGUUUGAGCUCGAGUCUAAAACACUUUGAGCUCGAGUGUCUUGAAGAGUCACUGAAACACACAGAGGUAUCAGGAGGCAGAGCUCUGACGCAGACUUUCUGAUGUCCUGAUGUAAAAAUAUCCAACAAGCAGUCCUGCUUUACAUUUGACGCACUGAAAAAAACGUAAAUGUGAAACUCAUGAGUCACUGAUUGUGAAGCUGCCUGUGCUGAAGAAGGCUUGCUGUCCAAUAUUCAAUUGUGGAUUGUUAUUCUUUAGUCUAAAGCGAGAGCAGGAUUCAGAUCAACCGUCAAUCACAGUAUUUACUUGAAAAAUGAUCUCAAAUCCGUUUAAAACAAAGCGACUGCCUCCAUGAUACGCCUGUGUCCUGUUUUAUAUCCAUCUUUUACGUACUGCCACGUGUUGUUGGCUGAACCCCAGCCUUCUGUCUGUCUGUCUGUCUGUAACGGACCUGAUAAAGCUUCCACCUUUAACAUUUUGUAAGACUUAAAAUGUCCUUCUAGCUCAGUGUUAUAGCAGGUGUUUCAGAAACCCGUUAGAAAAGACUUUUACUAUUUCCAUAUCGGAUGAGAGAUAACAGAAUUAUCCUAACAGGAAGAGGAGGAGGAGGAGGAGGAGGAGGAGGAAGAGGAGGAGAAGUGAGACGGGCGGAAAGGCGAGCUUCUCUAACUUUGUUAUAAUUAAUUGUAUACCUGUGUAUGUAAAUAUAAUGCAUUCCUAUUUUGCAGUCAAGGACAAAAUACUAUUUGUAAAAUAGAAUAAACUUUAUUAUGAAAAAUGUG